CGAGUUCCGUGCGAGGAGGUUGCGCCUGCUCAGGUUUAACGAAUAUUACAGCUUGGUUUAUUGAACCCGUGUGCCAAUCAAUUGAAAAUGGGUUGUGAUGGUGGCACUAUUCCCCGGAGAGAUGAGCUGGUGAGGACCAAGAAACAGGGGGAACAGAAGGACAAGGACUCUGUGAGGAAGUUCAAGUGGCAGAAUUGCAGCAUUAGUCAGAGCAAAUUGGAGAAGCCCAUCGUGGCUUGUGAACUGGGAAAUUUGUACAGUAAGUCCUCAGUGCUUGAAGUGCUGCUAGAUAAAGACAGCAAGCCCAUCUUGGCUGAGCACAUCAAAGGCCUGAAGGACGUGAAAGUCUUGAACUUGUCUGAGAACACAGCUGCUUCUGUUGGGCCAUCCAAGGGCGACAGUAUGGUGGAUGAGGAAGCCUCAGAGUACAUCUGCAAUGUUACUGGUCUUGAGAUGAAUGGCAAGUAUAAGUUUGUGUUCCUCUGGUCCUGCGGAUGUGUGUUCUCGGAACGUGCCAUUAAGAUGGUAAAGUCUGAAACCUGCCACAAAUGCAACACUCCUUUUACUGAUCAUGAUGUUAUAGUUCUCAAUCCUGAUGAUGAUGAGCUGACGCAGAUGAGGGCCAGGAUGGAAGAGAGGCGGGCCAAAGCAAAGGCCUUGAAAAAAUCUAAAAGGUCAAAGGAAGCAGAGGAAAGUGCAUCCAUGAGUACUGAGCCAGCUGCAAAGAAGAAAAAGUCUGGCACAGAAAAACAAGCAAAGACUCUUGCAGGUCCCUCCAUCAAUCUCCCCAACAACGGCAAGCUGGUGGAUCCUGCCUUCGCUAAGGCAUCUGCCUCGUACAGUGUUGCCAAAGACAGCCAGAAGACAGAGGUGUACAAAUCCCUGUUCACCUCUCACGAGUCUGCCAAGACCAGGCAGACAGCCCACUGGGUCACAUACAAUCCCCUGUUUAACUGAAUGGUAACUCUCAAAAGUGAGUGGUAUGUUUGUUGGGAGCUUCUUAUCCAGCAGUGUCAAAGAUGCAGGUGAUGGAUCAGUCCACCCAGCUGUGUUGGCUGAUUCUUGUACAACAGAGACAGUGUCUCACUGAGUUUGUGUGUCUGUGACUCAGUAUGCUGGGUUUGUUCAACAGUGUAUGACUGGGCCUGAAUGCCGCUGAUGUGCCUGCAUGUGUAACAGUGGGUGCAAACUUUGCAUACAAGGCCACUGAUCUGAGGCCACUGGGUGACUUCUGUGAGUGCUGUGUGUGGUUUGUGGACAUGGUUGACACAUGGUGCUUAGCUUAGUGGGUGUGCAUUAACUAUGUGUAAAGAAAGACUGUUGCAUAAUUGUCCUGUAACAUGUCACCAUGAGCUGUAUGUCAGUUCUGUUCAGCGUAUUGUGAUGGAACAAAUGUGUCAUUGUCAACAAUAAAUGUAAGCCGUGAA